AUGGGCGAGUGCGUUGAGUCAUUGGACACCAACAACAAAUACCCCAUUGUCGUCAAGUAUUGCGGACACUGUUCCAUGCCCAUCGAGUAUUGUGAGUUCUAUUCCGAGUAUGACAAGUGCAAAGAGUGGCUGGCAAGAAACUGCCCCGAAGAAUAUGAGAAACUGAUGCUUAGGGAAACGGAGGCAGCAACUGCCUCUGGCCUGGAUGCGGACAAGAAGAGGCAGAAGCGUGGCGGCAAGGGAAUGCUGCGCAUCAAGAAGGGUAACUGCGUCGAUGAUGAUGCAGCACCCAAACCAAUUUGCCUCUCCUGCAUGACUCGCAGCAAGAACAAACGGGUGACCAUUGUGGCCGGCCUGGCUGCAUACAAGAUCGAUUUGCGGGCAGCGGCCAAGUUCUUUGGGAGUAAAUUUGCCUGCGGCUGUUCGGUGACCGGUGACAAUGAGAUUGUCAUACAGGGCGAUGUGAGGGAGGAGUUGUUGAAAGUCAUACCCGAGAAGUGGCAUGAGAUACCAAGGACUGUUAUAGACGAUUGUGCCGAGGCGAAAAAGAGUCAACAGCAUCAGUAACAAGAUUUGAACAAGGAUUUCAGUUAAGAAAGAGACAGCUUCACCACUAGGAAUUUAAUAUGUAGUAAUCGCUCAGUUUUACAAUAAACGCAAUAAAGUAGUAGAUCCUAAAUUAA